GAACAAGUUAUGAGAGUGCGGAAACUUGACGACUCAGUAAUCAGUCAAAUCAAGUACCACCUCCACUUUAAUACAAUCGACUCCAUAGUGGAAACUAUUUUACACAAAUGUCUCGAGUUGAAUGCAACGGCAAUCUCCAUCAAAUUGGACUUGCAGUCUGUGGCAAUAUUUGUCCAGAGUGAUGAUGUGGGACAUACACCUCAAGAGUUGGAAAAGCUUGCAAGCUCCACCACGGGAAUGUUUGGUGGCCUCGAAGUAGUGUCCAACAUUAGUGUCAUUUCCAAAUCCAACGAGUUUCAAUGUCCGUACAAAAUCACACUCACUGCUGGAAAAAGUUGCAUUGCACAACUAUACAAUAGCAAUACCGAUGGAACAAAGAGUUACUACAAGCCGGAGCCUAUGGGCAAAUGCGGCACAAUUUACUCCAUGUCAAACAUUUAUAGUAACUUACCAGUGAGACAAGCACAACUCAAAUCGAGUCCACUUUACAAAAUCAUAAAUGAGGUCAAGUUGGCAUUAUUCAAAGCGUUAUUUAGAAAGCCACAAGUCCAUGUCGAUUUUCAAUUGUACAACCUGCAAAAAUCCAAAUUUGAGAAAAUUCUAACAACAUGUACGUUGACAGAUGUCAAAUUGAUGCGUGAUUUCUUCGAUAUCAAUGUCGAUUUCAAACCAAUUAAAGCUACAUUUCAAAAUUAUCAAGCGGAUGGUAUCAUUGGCUUACAAACAAUACCUUCCAAAUCACAUCAGUAUGUGUUCAUAAAUAACAAACUCAUGACUCUACCACGAGCGGAUGUUUGUACAUUUCAAGACAUAUUUGAAGAUUUUGGUAAACAAGAUCCAAGUCCAAGACGCAAAAUGAUACACAAGCAUCCAACAUUCUUGAUAUCAAUCACUUGUGAUAAACAAGUGAAUGAAAACUCCUACUCGUGGCUGGUCAUUUGCGACGUGUUGAAGCGGAUUUUCAUAAAGUUUGUACGUAUGGGUCAGGGAGGACCAAGUGUGGGCAGUGCGGGCAGUGCGGGUGGCGAAGACGGUGUGCCGAAACUCUUGGCAAAUGAGCGUGAAUUCACACUUCUGCCAAGUCCCAAGAGAAGCAAAACUGAUAAAUUCAUCCUAAAUACAAACGUUCGAUGGGGCAGCCCCAACGAUAGAGAAAUUGAAGGCAUGGUUCUUUGUGGGAAAUCCAAUCAUGUUAAGCCACAUUUACAACCACCAAGCACCUCCAAAGAAACAACACCAACUAUAAACAAAUCUAAUCACCUUUUUUAUACAUGUCACAAUACCUGCUGUUUGCAACCCAGUCAUGAAAAUGUUCAAUUCGACAAGAUGCAUCUCACAACUUAUCGAAUCAUUAAACAAAUUGACAACAAGUUUAUUCUUUUACUAAUCAACAAUAAACUUGUCGUUUUGGACCAACACGCAGCUGACGAACGAGUCCAAGUCGAAAAGUUGUUUCAAGAGUUUGUAUCAAACAUGCCUCGCAACCUCCGGCUCUCCCAACCAUUACGAAUACAAGUUACAUCAAGUGAAUAUCUAUUAUUGCAACAAUAUUCAAAAACUUUUGCAAUGUUGGGUAUACUAUUUCACUUUGAAGAUGAAAAUCGAAUUCACGAUUUGAUAAUUACCAACCUCCCGGAACUACUUAUCAACCUUGCCAACGAGGCUUUAUUUUGCAAAAGCAUCAUGAUGCAACAUUGUCAUGAUUUACAAAACAACAUCAAGAGUCAACUCCAUCACCAUUCUAACUCAGAUUGGUUUGAAAUUUUGCAUCAUUUACCCCAAUUCAUCAUCCAUAUAAUCAACUCACGAGCUUGUCGAUCGGCAAUCAUGUUUGGUGAUGUACUAUCAAUGCAAGAUAUGCAACAGUUGGUUGAUAAUUUGAGCCAAUGUCGAUUACCAUUCCAGUGUGCUCAUGGCAGGCCAUCUAUAGUACCUCUACUUGAUCUACAUCGAAAUGAUAUGAAUGCAUUGAAGGAAACGAUACUUCGACUAACUAAAUCUGUCCCUGACCAUGCUCUACGACCGAGAAUAUCAUACCCACCACAACCGAAUAGCGGUACGGCCUCGGUCAGCAAGAUUACACCAGCACCCACACCCAUUUCAUCAUCAUCAUCAUUUGCAAAUGCAAGCAAACGUACGAUUAUAUUCAACAAUGAUCCUCAUUCGAUUCCAUAUCCCAUCACCUACAGAAGUAUACCAUAUCAACAACUAUUCCGAGAGUUUCUCGAACCACUAGAUAUGCCUAACUUGAAAACGUUCAAUAAUCACCACCACCAACAGCAACAACAACAACAGCAACAACAACAGCAACAACAACAGCAACAACAGCAACAACAACAGCAACAAGGAGUCAAGGUGGAUCAACCCCAACAAGACCAAGUCAUAUCCAAUGCCAACAGCUCUAUCAAAUACAACGUUGAAGAAGCCACACGCAAUUGGGCCAAGCGCAAAUCGACAAAAGCUCAAGAUCAACUACAAGUCUACUUUGAAAACCGACAAAUAUUCCACAAGAUGAUGCGAUACUUGGUCGAAAUUACACCGCCCCAUUUGAAAAACAUCCACAAUGAAACCUACAAACAACACAUCUUGUCGCAAGAAUCAUCCCAUCAACAACUAUACCAUCCAUCAACUAAACACACCCACAAUUACGGACCGCUCCCCAAUUUGCCCCAACCACUAACACCCCCCACCUUCACCAAAUACAUCCACGACUUGGCGCACAUCACCCACCACUCCCAAAACGCCUCAUGUCUCUCGGGACUAAUACCCCAGAUCCUCCUCGACUCACACAGAUUGUCAAACACCAACAUGAAACAAUUCCGAUCAACCACAUCAUACAACCAUCUCAUGCACUACUUUGGCGUGACCAAGAACCAAUCCUACCUCGCCCGCGCACUAAUAGUGCAUAUGAACCGCGACGGCUUUGCAAUCGACACGCAAACCAUCAACGUCAUGCUCGGCGUUGUGCGGCAACAAUCGCGGAUCCGAAACCGCGCCAAUUCAUUACUGUUGGCUCUCAAGUACUUGCAUUUGGCCAAUGAUGCUGGUGUCGAGAUCAAUUUGACGACGUGGUCGCGGAUAUAUGAUAUUGUGGCGUCGCCGUAUUUGAAACAUCAGUUUCUUGAAGAGAUGGAUCAUGAGAAUGUUCCUAUACCUAAUGCAAUGUAUAGAAAAAUGAUUAGAGAUUUAGAAGCUUGUAAAUAG